AUGGCUGCCUCCGCACACAGCAGCUGCAUGUGGAUGUUAGUCGUGGGAGCGUGCGUCUCACUGGUAGUCGGAGCGGACUGUGGGAAGGAGUGUGCACUGUGUGUGUACCAGCUGCUUGGACAGCAGUCUUCUUUCUCUUCCAUGACAUGCUCACUUGAGUGCAAUGGUGGGUUGGACAGCCAGAAGCUUCGCUUGUGCCGGGACUUCCUAUUGGAGGAGGAAAACCACAUUCCUCUGGAUGCCGACCCACGUCAACAGCGGGAGCAGGAAGCAGCCGGUGCCAUGAUGGAUGACACUGAGGAUGCAACAUCUCCAGAACACCAGCUGGCCAAGAAGUAUGGGGGCUUCAUGAAACGCUAUGGAGGUUUCAUGUCUCGCCGGUCCUCUUUGCCAGAGGGGGCACUCGAGACUGCUGGUAACAAGGAUGAGGAAGAAAAAAUUCGCCUAGAGAUCCUUAAGUUCCUUAAUGCAGCAGUCGAGCACGGCAGUGAGGGGGAUGGUCAGGGCGUUGAGGCAAUUAAGAGGUAUGGAGGCUUCAUGCGGCGGGCUGCAGGAGGGGUAGAGCAGAGUGACCUGCUGGAGGCAGUGUUAGGCCGUGGGCUCAAGAAGCGCUAUGGAGGUUUCAUGAGACGUGUGGGCAGGCCUGAGUGGUUGGUGGACAGCAGCAAGAGUGGGGGGGUGUUGAAACGGGCCUGGGAGAACGGCAGUGAGCAACAGAAGAGGUACGGGGGUUUCAUGGACUAG